GUGUCUAAUUUCCCUGAUUGUCAUCAGCCACCAAUGGAAACAUGAUUCUUCCUCCUCGUUCUUUCCUCCUUAAACCCUGAAUUAUAAAUAACACCUCACCAAUGGCUGAUCAUUUUCUUCUUGAUUUUCCUUCUAAUUCCUUUCACACUUCUUCUAUUCUCUGCAUUUCCUCAAAACCUUAUUAUAAUUUCAAUCGAGUCACUCAAUUUCAUCAAUUAUCAUCCAGAAAACGAAGAUCAGCUCAUCAGAUUUUGGCAAAACCAUCAACAACAACAACGAUUACACCAUCAGAGACGGUUUCCGGUGAUUCCAGUCAUCACUCUAUUACUGAGUGUUCAGACGGAAGCAUAAUUUUCAGGUUUGGUGCACCACCAAAGGAUAUGGAAUCUGAAAAGUCCACUUCCUUAGAGGGAGAUUUUGAGGUUGAAGGUGUGGUGAAAGGCGAUGAAGUUGUGUCAGCUGAAGGUGUGGUGAAAGGCGAUGAAGUUGUGUCAGUUGAAGGUGUGGUGAAAGAUGAGCAAGCUUUGGUUCCGGUUAUGAGUGAGAAAGUAGAAUUGCUUGAAGAAGAAGAGGUAGGUAUGCCUGAAGUAGGUUCCGCCGAAAUUGGUGGCACUGGUGAUGAGAAAAUUGAGGUUGUUUCCACGGAAUGUGUAAAAGAAAUGGAUACUCCGGUAGUAUCUGAUAUAAAACAGGAUAAUGGUUGCGUUGUAGAUACUGCAAUUGAUGAUAAUUUGGCUCAAGAAGAAGUUAGUAUUCCUGUAAAGAGUGAGGAAGCUGUAGCUGAAUCAAUUUGUGAAGAUAGUGUAGUAUUGAAGGUGGAAAAAGAUACUAGUGGAAAUGUAGAAAUUAGUCCAAGUGUACAGUCUGACAUGGUUCAUGGUUCUGAAAGAAGUUUGGGUGUUGAGGAAGGUGUUGUGGAUAGUGGUAGUGUGAUUGAUGGUGUUGAUUCAGGUUCUGCUUCAGAACCUGACUCAGUCCUUGAUGUAGAUGCGGUUAUUGACUCUGACGAAGAUUCUGAAGAGAAGGAUAUGGACAUGCUUAUGCCUCAAAUUAUUGCUUUAGAUGAAGGAAAAGGUUCUGUGUGUGUGGAGGAUCCCAAGGAGGAUAAGGAUGACAAAGUUACUACGUAUGCUACUGUGUCCGAGACUUUGGAGGCAGAUUCUGGUGAGAAGCUUGUUGAUGAAAGUGUGCCUCAGACUAUUGUUUUAGAUGAAGGAAAAGGUUCUUUGUGUGUGGAGGAUCCCGAGGAGGAUAUGGAUCGCAAAGUUAUUACAUAUGCUACUGCAUCCGUGACUUUGAAGGCAGAUUCUGAUAAGAAGCUUGUUGAUGAAUGUGUGCCUCAGACUAUUGUUGUAGAUGAAGUAAAAGAUUCUCUGUGUGUGGAGGAUCCCGAGGAGGAUACGGAUGAAAAUGUUGUUACGUAUGCUACUGCAUCCGAGACUUCAGGGGCAGAUUCUGAUAAGAAGCUUGUUGAUGAAUGUGUGCCUCAGACUAUUGCUCUGGAUGAAGCAGAAAGUUAUGUUUGUGUAGAAGCUCCUGAAGGGGAUACUGGUAACGCAGUUGUUACAGAUCCUACUGCUUCCGAGACUUCGGAGGCAGAUUCUGGUAAGAAGUCUGUUGAUGAACUUGUGCCUCAGUGUAGUGCUUUGGAUGGAGGAAAGAUUUCCGUCUGUCUGGAAGAUCCUGAAGAGAAUCCGGAUGAUAAACUUGUUACACAUUAUACUGCUUCCGAGACAUCGGAGGGAGAUUCUGAAAACAAGCAUGUCGAUGAACUUAUUUCUCAGCCUACUGCUACAGAAGCUGAUCCUGUUACUGAAGUAAAACAAACCAGCAAAGGUAGUGAGGUUAAUAUCAGUGCUGAUGUUCCGGAUGUAUCAUCAGACACAGAGUUUGUCCCCAAUCAGGACCAAGAAAUUGUCGGUUCUAAAGAAACUAAUGAGAAGGUUAAUGUGGUUAAAAUACCUCUGCCUACGUAUGCCGAGCCUGAUCCUGCUACAGAUGUAAAUAACAAUGUUAAAGAGCAUGGUCCUGCCGCGGAUGUGAAUAAAAAUCUCAAAGAGCUUGAUCCUGCCGCAGAUGUAAAUAAUACUCUUGAGGAGCUUGGUGAGACAAAUACAGUUCAAGAUGCAGUAGAGAUUGAAGACAUCAAGCCCGUGGUAAUUUUACACACAUAUAGCAAUGAAGGAGAUUCGGAGAACAAUGCCACUUCUGAAGCAACGAGCUUAGGAUCCGUAAAGUCCCAAGAUGCUGAAAUUCCUCUAACUUCAAGCACAGAGAUCCCAGUUGUUUCAACCCCAGGUCUCGUCCUAUCUUCAAGUGCUGCUAUGCUACCUCAUCCUUCAAAGGCAUUAUCAGGUGGAGAGGAUGCAUUUUUCAUCAAAUGUCAGAGGUGGUUAGGUGUAGCUGAUGGAGUUGGUCAGUGGUCACUUGAAGGAAUUAAUGCAGGAUUGUAUGCUCAAGAACUAAUGGAAAACUGCGGAAGGAUCAUAUCAGUGAGUGAAAGCAUUAAAGUGACUGAGCCAGACAAAGUUAUUAUUGGCAGUGCUGCAAAGGCACGUUCUCUUGGGUCCUCGACUAUUUUGGUUGCUUACUUUGAUGGCCAGGUUUUUCAUGCAGCAAAUAUUGGAGACUCUGGUUUUAUCAUUAUAAGAAAUGGUACUGUUUUCAGAAGAUCCUCGCCAAUGCUGCAUGGGUUUAACUUUCCAUUACAGAUUGAGAGAGGAGAUGAUCCCACAUCGAUGAUAGAGUAUGAUAUUGAUUUGGAUGAGGGUGAUGUAAUCAUUGCUGCAACCGACGGUCUUUUUGAUAAUUUAUAUGAGCAAGAGAUAGCAUUGAUCGUCUCCAAGUCAUUGGAAGCCAAUCUGAAACCAAAGGAAAUAGCAGAUUUCUUAGCUAAUAGAGCACAAGAAGUAGGAAGAUCGAAGUUAGGAAGGAGUCCCUUUGCAGAUGCAGCGAAGGCUGCAGGCUAUACAUCAUACAGUGGGGGAAAGCUUGACGAUGUGACUGUUAUAGUUUCUGUAGUACAAAACAGCUCUGACUUGAAUCUGUAGUUCCUCUUCAUUCAGUUUAAUUGUAUUUAUAUGAGAAGAUACUGCUUCCCCAUUUUAGGUACCCCUUUCCACUUUCCACGUUUAGAUUCAUCCAAUCUUCUUGACCUCUUAAAAUGGCAGGUGAAGCUAGACGCAAGAGGCGGUUGUGAACAAAUUGCAUGUUCCGAUGGUAAAUCUAACCAUAUCUCAAAAUGACACAGGAUGCCUUAUUUUAGACGUAGCUGAUUCAUUUCACAAAAUGGGCAUAAGUCUGCAGGUGUCCGCUAAAGAACGAAGUGCAGCUUUCAUUACUUAAAAUUUAUUGUCCCACACGGCUCAUGUAUAAGAAAUGUGUCUGUUUAAAUACCGUUCCGAAUCAUUUACGGAUCGAUCAAUGAUAUAACAACCACAAUGUGGAUAGGGUUCCCAUAAACUUUCGGAUUACCUGAAGAAA